AUGGGGAACGGACACGCUUGUUCUGUAGUCGCAUCUGUGUUGCUGCUAGUGUAUCUUUCGCCCCAGAUCGAAUGCAGCAGCCAAGUGCACGCCCUGAGCCGCCUCUACAUGUCGAAGCGUGGGGUGUCUUCCAUGGACACAACCCAUUUCAAGGCGGUUAAGGAUUUGAAACCGUCUUCGCUCGGGAGUGUCGUCGAGCAGCAGGAGUUACGGAAGAGUGAUCUGAUACGGAGAUUGCCCGGGCAGCCUCCCGUUGAUUUCGAUCAGUACGGCGGCUAUGUCACCGUCGACCAAUCCGCGGGGCGUUCCUUUUUCUACUAUUUCGUCGAAGCUUCCUCUAACUCUAAGGAUUCUUCUCCCCUCCUUCUCUGGCUCAACGGUGGUACGUUUCUAACUUCCCAUUCUAUCAUCUUCACACCCAAAUUUAUCUCGGUUUACAAUCAUUUACUAUAG